CUUGCGUGCUCCGCACGCACCGUUACCUGGAGCGAUAAGUAUACUAGAUCUUAUACUAUCUCCGCGACAGGUGACGAAAGAACGUAACAGUAGACGGGCCAACUCAACAAACGAGAUCGAAGCAUUUGCAAAUCUAGGCAAUCAGAGAGGAAAGCCCGGUCUUGGCUGUAUCUCGCGUGCUCACAAGCGUUGAGCUUGUUGGAGAAGAUACUGGGAUAGUUGGUAUCGCACCAUCCGCGGGAGGUAUGAUGAAUGUGCGGGGAGCAACUUGACUCUUGAUAACGCCGUCGACGGCCUAUAACGUCGAUCCUAGAUAAAUAACCGACAGGGAGACCACCUAGGAAACAGGGAUCUCUGCUUCCCAAGUUGAAUUACAACUCUCCGUGAUACAUCAUGGCCCCCUCAGUCGCUGCUGAAUUGCCAAGCCGAGAUGAGCUGGCCGCUCGGGCAGAAAAGAAAAUCAGUCGUGCCUACGACGAAGGCCAACACGCAGCAUACAAAUAUACUGCCUACCUGCCAGUAUACGAUGAGGUAACCAAGUUCCCUCCGACGGAGCCGUUCGAGUUCGUAGACCGGGGCCUCGCCGCCGACAAAGCGAAGCCCCAUCUGCUCGGGUUGAAGGACCCGAACGUAAAGAUCACGAAGCUCACGCCGCGGGUCGGCACCGAGAUCACGGGCCUGCAGCUCUCCGAGUUGACCGACGAGCAGAAGAACGAGCUCGCUCUGUUGAUAGCUGAGCGGGGCGUUGUCGUCUUCCGCGGUCAGAACUUCAAAGACAUUGGUGUCGAGAAGCAAAAGGAGUUCGGGUCCUACUUCGGGCGUCUCCACGUCCACCCCGUGGGAUCUCACGUCGACGGCGCCAUCGAGUUCCACAACAUCUACCUAGGGCCGGACAACCUGUACCGGGCGCAGUUCCGGUCGGACCGGCUAACCACGACGGGCUAUCACUCAGAUGUGUCGUACGAGCACCAGCCACCCGGCAUCACGCUGCUAACGCUGCUCGCGGUGCCCACAACCGGCGGCGACACCGCCUGGGUCUCCCAGGUUGCUGCCUACGAGCGCCUCUCUGACCCCAUCAAAACCCUGCUCGAGGGCCUGCGCGCUGAGCACAGCGGGUUCCCCCAGGCUGACCGGGCGACACGCGACGGCAAGUUCGUCCGCCGUGAUCCCGUCACAUCGUACCACCCCAUCGUCCGAGUGCACCCGGUGACCGGCGAGAAAGCACUCUUUAUCAACCCAGGAUUCACGAAGCGCAUUAUCGGGCUGAAGCAAGAAGAGUCCGACGCCCUGCUGCAGCUCCUCUUCAAGCACAUCUCCCAGAGCGCUGACCUCCAGGUCCGCGUGAAGUGGGACGACGAGACGGUCUCGCUCUGGGACAACCGCGUGACGGCGCACACCGCCAUCUCUGACUACGACGUCAACGUCGCGGCUGAGGGCCUGCGCCACGGCUUCCGCAUCACGACGCUGGCGGAGCGCCCCGUCGGCGUCAACGGGUUGGAGACGGUCUGGUGAAGGAUAGAGAGAGAUGUUGCGGGAGGGGGAGGGGAUUGUUGGUCGGAUUCGGGAUGAGAACCAGUGUGGUGGAACAGGCCGGGCCACGGUGAUUUAUUAAGCGUGAAUUAGGCACACCUACGCACCGAGAAGAACUGCUAGAUUCGGGCACCCUUAGUCGAACUUAUACGCCCUAUGACUGCUUAAGGCACCCCGUCUCGAUUUCUCUUAGGAAGGGUGCUCCGUUACGACACGCAGUUCGCACGAUCUCGAGAACAUGCUAGACACUCUCCGGUAUUGCCUAGUUUACAUAAGUACUGUAAGUGCGGGAUCCCCUAUGCUUGUCCGUGGAUGCCUCCCGCCAAGCCCCUGAUCUUCAGCUCCCACAAGCCCAUCAUGUCCUCCGCUUCUUCGUUCGCGAAGCCGAAGCCGAAGCCGUCGUACUCCUCUCACAUUGCGCUCGCGUCGGGAGGCUCGUUGUUGAACGGGAUCGGCUGGUAGCUAGGGACGAUCGACGCAGCCGCACCAGCAGACUUGUAUGCAUGGAGAUCUACGCCUCAGCGCCCACUCAGCGCGUCCAUCAUGUCCCCGAGGCCUAAGUAGAGCAGCUUACGGACCUUGCGCGGGCCCUCCGCGGCGGCCAGCGUGUGCUUGAGUCGCCUACGCGUCUCGCUCUAGCCCCAGCGCCUCUUGGCAUCAAGGA